CAACCCCAAUGCCCAAGUGAAAGCUGACCUUAUUUUGGGACAAUAAGAUAAAGCCCACCUCCCGUAUUGCAUGGGAAAUGAUCGAGUUUCGACAAUCAAGUCCUCCAUACAUGCAAAUACAUGGCAGUGUUUCAUAACAAAUUCCCUUUCCUACUCCUUUGGAUCUUGAGACAUUCCAACUUGGAAUCCGUCUCUUUGUCUCUAUAGCUCUACUAAUUUCACCACAAACUAAUCUACCAAAAAUUUCUCUUCUUCUGAUCACAUAGGAUAACAUUUAGAUUAUUCCCACAAAACGUAAUUGAUCAAACCCUAAUCUCUCCUUGCCUCUUCGUCUUCCCUUCUCUCUCAUAGAAACACUUCAGCAGAGAGAGCACAAUGGCGUUGGGGAAUAGGUCGCGCACUAGCAGUAACAAGCGGUCGUCUUCAAGCUCUUACACAUCGACCGUGAUGGUAAUGGGGUUCGUAGCCUUGUGUGUGGUCGGUGUGUGGAUGAUGAAUUACUCUAGCGUUGGAGGUUCAACACAGACCACCGAGAGAACCGCCACCGCCACUUCCACGUCUGCUUCCUCCGAUGAAAGCAAUGCACAAGCUGCUGAGAAUACCAAUAUUAAUAAACCCAAGGCAUUUGAAGACAACCCGGGUGAUCUUCCGGAUGAUGCUAUAAAAAAUGGUGAUAAUGGGGCUAACAAAGCGGACGCUACUGCUAAUAACAAGGAGGGAAAGAUGUCCGGAGAAAAUAAACAAGAGCAAGCUGCCGCUGAAGAACAGAAAGAGGAUCAGAAGCAGCAAGAGCUUAACCAAGCACAAUUAUCUGAGGAAAGCACUAUACCUGAAAACCAACAGGUUGAACAAAAAGCCACAGAAGAGAAGGUCAUCCCUGAACAACCUGACGAGAAAAUUCAUCAACAAACAAACAAGAACAGCGGCCAGAGCAGUGGAAAUGAUCAAACAAAUGCAGAGAGCAAACCUCAAGAGACCCUGAAUAAUAUUCAAGACCAACAACAGCAGCAGCAUGAACAACAUAAUCAGGAACAAGAGCAACAUGACCAACAAAAACCGCAACAAUUCCCUGACGAGACGAACCAUGCAAACACCCUAACAAAUCGAAAGAAAGGUAACGGUGAUCAAAACAAUAAGGGCAACGAGGCCAACGCCGGCGAGACGCUCCUCAAUGGCGGGGACAGCUCGGGGAUUCCGAAGGAGUCAAAGGAAUCGAAGAAGUCGUGGGGGACUCAAGCGGAUCAGUCGGAGAACGAGAAGGAGAGGCGCAAGGACGAAAAGGAGGGUCAAGAUAGCAUCUACGGGUACUCAUGGCAGCUUUGCAACACGACUGCCGAUGCUGAUUAUAUACCUUGUUUGGACAACACAAAGGCUAUAAAGAAGCUGCGUUCGACCAAACAUUUCGAGCAUCGAGAAAGGCAUUGUCCGCAGGAGGGUCCCACUUGCCUGGUUCCGGUGCCGGAGGGUUACAAGACGUCGAUCGAGUGGCCGCAAAGCAGAGACAAGAUAUGGUAUCACAAUGUACCGCACACAUUGCUGGCAGAGGUGAAGGGUCACCAGAACUGGGUUAAGGUCUCCGGUGAGUUGCUGACUUUUCCUGGCGGUGGGACCCAGUUCAUACAUGGCGCUCUCCUCUACAUUGAUUUCCUUCAAGACGCAGUACCGGAUCUCUCAUGGGGAAAGCGCACUCGGGUUAUAUUGGACGUUGGGUGUGGUGUUGCGAGUCUUGGAGGUUAUCUGUUUGACAGAGAUGUUCUUACAAUGUCUUUUGCACCCAAAGAUGAGCAUGAAGCUCAAGUUCAGUUUGCCCUAGAAAGAGGUAUUCCCGCCAUUUCAGCAGUCAUGGGUACUCAGAGGCUGCCCUUCCCCAGCAGGGUCUUUGAUGCCGUCCACUGUGCACGUUGCAGAGUGCCAUGGCACGCCGAAGGUGGAAUGCUUCUUCUGGAAUUGAACCGUGUUUUAAGGCCUGGGGGUUACUUCAUUUGGUCAGCCACUCCUGUUUAUGGGAAGAAUGACGAAGAUAAACAAAUAUGGAAAGAAAUGACAGCCUUGACAAAGUCUAUGUGUUGGGACCUUGUCGCAAUCAAGAACCACAAAGUAAAUCAAGUUGCGGCUGCCAUCUAUCGCAAGCCAACCUCGAAUCAGUGCUACGAACAAAGAAAGCAAAAUCAGCCUCCUAUGUGCAAAACCGAUGAUGACCCCAACGCCGCCUGGUAUGUACCUUUGCAGGCAUGUAUGCACAAAGUUCCUGUUGACAAAUCUGAGAGAGGGACUCAAUGGCCUGAGACCUGGCCUAAUCGACUGCAAGCUCCUCCUUACUGGUUAAACGGCUCCCAAAUGGGCAUUUAUGGAAAACCAGCACCCCAAGAUUUUGCAAGAGAUUAUGAACACUGGAAACGUGUGAUUAACAACAGUUACAUGAAAAGUUUGGGUAUCAAUUGGUCAGGGGUCAGAAAUGUCAUGGACAUGAGAGCUGUUUAUGGAGGGUUUGCCGCCGCUCUCAGGGAUCUUAAAAUUUGGGUGAUGAAUGUGGUGAAUGUAGAUUCUGCAGAUACUCUCCCCAUCAUCUAUGAACGUGGUCUUUUCGGAAUAUAUCACGAUUGGUGUGAAUCUUUUAGCACCUAUCCAAGAACCUAUGACCUCGUCCAUGCAGAUCAUCUAUUUUCUUCACUCAAAAAGAGGUGCAGGCUUGCUCCCGUAAUGGCAGAAGUUGAUCGGAUUGUCAGGCCGGGAGGUAAACUGAUCGUCCGCGAUGAAUCCAGCGCAAUUGGGGAGGUGGAGAAUUUGUUGAAGUCCCUGCACUGGGAGGUUCACUUGACCUUUUCCAAAAAUCAAGAAGGGAUGCUUAGUGCGCAGAAAGGCAAUUGGCGGCCAACCACAUUGGCAGAAAGUUCUUAACCUCGGUCGAUUUAUAACAGAAAGAGAGCUCGGUUCUUAUAUACAUGUUGUUACUCCUUAAAAGUUUGUAGGCCGGCCAGAGCUGGUGAAGUUCCGACAAUUUCCUAGCCAUUGUGUUAAUUUUGUUCGCAAUAUCUUGUUUGCUAAACAGCUCAAUAGAACAUGAUAUAUAGGUGAAUUUGUUGUUAACUGCAUGUAACUCUGUGAUAUAUGUAACCAUUGGAAACAUACGCUUCCAAAUUCAAGAAGCAUAUUUAGACAUUUUCACAGCA